AUUUGAUUGGCAGUCCAGGGAGGAGGUCGUGAUUGUGUUCCUCUCUUGGAGGGGCGUGUAGAUAUGGGCGGAGCUAUUUAAGCAAUGUAAACAUGUCUAUGAUUCUAUAUACAAUAAGUGCACAUGUUGCAAGGUCAUAAUAACUGGAGAAUAGAACGUCGUGUGCUAAUGCGAACCUCAUGCACCCGAUAUGUAUUUGAAAAAUAUGUUCCUAUGCCCGUGCAAUAAUUGAAAGAAGUUGGAGAAUAGGACAUAAUUCUGGGCUCAUAUCCGUAGCAUUUGUUUUGUGUUAUAUACGACAGAUGUCCCUUUAGCCCUGAUGGUGCUCACGGAAUUAUCGACCAUGAUUCCUCAGCAAACUGAGGUCAGCGGUGGAGUCGAGUACCACGAGUUGCAGUCCCAGAGCGCUCUUCUGGCCACUAUCAAACAGGAGUACUCGGAGGACUAUACGCAGGAAAAUUACGACUACCCGAAAGGAAGGGGUAAAAAACGAAAACGCUCUGACCGAUCUUGUGAUAGUUUUUCGGACGCUUGUUCACCGGCCACCUCGGAAUGCUCCAGUGAUGGUACUCAAUCCAAGCGAGCCAAACAGAAGGGUUCUAAGUCCUUCGCGGACGUGCUCACACAGAGAGCCAUGGCAAAUGUACGGGAGAGACAACGGACCCAAUCGCUCAAUGAGGCGUUUGCUCAGUUGAGGAAAAUUAUCCCUACCCUUCCCUCUGACAAACUGAGUAAAAUCCAAACUCUGAAGCUAGCCACACGGUAUAUAGACUUCCUGUGUCAAGUCCUACAGACCGAGGAUGUGGGGUCCCUGGAGGCUCAGGGAGGGUGUUCUUAUAUGGAGGAGGAGAGGCUUGGAUAUGCUUUCUCACAUUGGAGAAUGGAGGGCGCCAUGAGCGGCCCAGCACAGUAAAUUCUUAUACAGUCUUCCCUGAACAGAUACACUCAACAUUUCGGAACGGACAUGAAUGGACAUAUUACAUGUUUGAAACGGAAUCCCGUCUAACAUAACGAGAACAACAAUUGUUACAUCGGAUUACCAGGUGCGGGAAUUUCGGGUUCGACAUACACGGGAUUACGGUUUGACAGAAUGGUAAUACAAAAGACAAGAUUGGACCCUUGAUUUCUUCAGUGUGCAGCUAAAACGGCUUGAUCAGUGUCGGAGCGAUAACGCACCUGUCUUCAGCCCCCCUUGCACGUGCCGACACGGAGAGCGGAUCAAGAGAACCCGCGACUAGAUUUGGAGAGAAUCGGUGAUUAUUGGAAACGAACCUAAUAAAAUCGCUGGAGUCAAUAUUCCUAUUGAUUCUGUCAUGUUUCUUAUAAGUGUACUUAAAAUGGAAAGCUUCGUAUCAUUUGUUAUUAUAUAUUAUGUACGUGCAUUUAACUCAUUGCCAGUUACCCUCGGAUAAACUAUAUAUUAUACAUGCACAUCUUUUACACCUUUUUCUCCGUCCACUUUCAUCGCGUGACCCAUGAACACCAAUUAUAUUAUAUGUUAUAAAAUCAAUCUCGGACCAUGUCAUUUCAUUUCUGAAAAUCGCCUUGUGAAUAUUUUAACACUAUGUAGAUAUAUUUAUAUAAUUUUAUACAAAAACUCCAAGCGUGUUUUGUGUGUUGACUUGGUUUUUCUUGAGAUUAAAAUGAUUUUAUAUUGCA